GCAUUAUUAGAUGUAAGACCUUCAGAAUUGAAGUUAUAAAACGCAGCUUAGUCACAAUUUUUCGAAUUAUUAACAAGCAUACAGAAGAAGGAACAUGUUGUUCUACGUGCUUAGUAUAUUCAGCAUUGCAAUAAUUAGAUUAACCACAGCUAGAGAAUCUGAGUUUUCUGUACUCACAUGUAAAAGAGGUUCAGUUGAUUAUGAUGCUUGUUUAAAACAAACUUUAGAGACUACAUGGCCAUUAAUUGUUAAAGCAGGCCUUGCAGAACUUGACCUUCCGUCUUUAGAUCCAUUAUAUUACAAAGACGGUAAAAUUGAACUUAAUACUGAUACGAUACAUGCAAAAGUCAUUAUUUUAAAUUUCACUUGUUUUGGUUUAUUAAAGACUCAUUUUAUUGAUCUAAAGACGCAUUUCCUUCCUAAUAACGUUCUUCGUUUGGAAAUUGAUGUACAAGUACCAAAAAUAUUCGUAGAAGGUAUUAUAAAAAUAAAUGGUACUUUAAAUGUAUUCACAGUUGCUGGUGAAGGUUAUAUGAAUGCAACCAUGAGUGAUAUCAAAGGAGCAUGUGAUUUAAUAGGACAUAUAAUAAAUAAUACAUUGUUGGUAGAACAUUUCCGUUUCACGCCAACAUUUGGAACACUUAAAGUAUAUUUUAAUUUGUUCCAAAAUGACAGAAAGCUUAAUGAUCUUGCCUUAAUGUUUAUAAAUGAAUAUUGGCCGACUUUAUAUCGAGAAAUAUGGCCAAUCAUGUCCGACAUGUUAGAUCCAUGGUUGAGUGAUUUCGCCAAUAAAUUUUUUUCGAAAAUACUAUUCUGAAAAAUAUUUCUAUAACGUUCAUACAUUUAUUACACUUUAAAGAAAUAUCGAAUUUGUAAAUUGCUGGGUAUAUUUAGUUAUAUAAAUACUAUAGGUGUGUGAACAAUUUUCUUCUGAAAUUAUAUUUUUAGAAGUUCAAAAUUGUAUCAAUUCAAAAAUUGUAUUGAAUUAAAUUAUUAUUUGUAAGACAAAUAAAUAAUUUUAAGGUAUAAAUUCCAUUGCAAAAUUGUUUUUCUCCUUUCUUCGUUUCUAGGUAUCAUUAAUAAUUUAUAAAAAUAAAGUCAAUGGAGAAAAGAAAGCAGUUAUUGACAAAACGUGAAGUAUGAAGUUCAUGUUAUCUCAUAUAUUUUGUGUUGAAUUUUAGUAUGAUCAUCCAAAUUAUUUCUUUACAUGUUCUCUAGACUUUAUAAUAUAGUUAUUAGUCAUUAGUAUUUAUUGUGUUGUUAUGAAAGAUUUUAGUAUUGCAGAUAGUAGAGAUUUUAUAGGUAUAUACUCUGUACAUCAUUUUGAGAAACAUGUCGUGUAAUAACUUUUUUGUUUUGAUGUAAUUUGAAAGACUUAAACGUGGCUUUUAAAUGACGUAAUUAAAUUUAAUGUUUAAAGUAAUGUAUAUAUGUAUUUAAAGUGUAAAGUUAUAUUGCCUGCGUUUAGAGUUAUGAACCAUUUGCGAGUGUUGUGAGUUCUAAAACAUUUACACAUAAUUUAGUUUACACUUUUACCAUUUUACUUAUUAGCUAAUAUUGUUUGUCAUAAUACUUUUAUAAUAUUUCUACAAUGCACAAAGUCGUAAGAGCCAAGUAUUACACAUGUUUUAUACAUGUUUUUGAUAUUUUUGUGUGAUACGUGUACAAAAUACUAAUACUUUUGUGAUAUUAUUGACAUUGUGCAAGAUCAGCUAAAAAGCGUUAAGGAGGUAUUUUAGUCUAGAGAGCGAGUUUCAGUGCAAUUUUUGUAAAGUUUUUCGAGAAACCUAUAAGGUCCUUUGGGAUCGAUUUUUUCCAUACCAGUAUACUUUGAAAUUUAUUUUAAUAUUUUAUUUAUAAAAAAAUAUUAGUAAAUAAAAAGUUAUAGCAAAUUAAAAUAACACAUAUAAAGAAAAGGUGUCUGGACGGUGACAAUAAUUCCGGCUUUUGUAGGUGCCUAAAACAAAAAAAAAAAUAAAAA